UUACAUUUCACUUUCAUCAUUCAGCAACAUCUAUUUAUUAUUAUUAUUAUAAUAAUUAAAAUAAAUGCGCCAUGAAUUAUGAUAUUAAAAAGCUGGAUCCGAUUCAACAAACGCGAUUCUGUAUAAUCGCGGUGGCGGUGAAGUAACCGAUGGCUACAAACUCAAAUAACACUGUCUCAGCUUCUACUUCUUUUUCUUGGUUUUUCAGAUCCGUUUGCUAUUGAUCUCUUCUUUCUUCUUCUUCAUCUUCCAGUUUGAAGUUGCAGCGGAGUUUGUAAGGUGUGGAAACAUGCCAUUGAAAAACAUAGUCCGUGAAUUCAAGGGGAUGAAAAAUGGAAUAGGUAGUAAAUCGAAGCGGGGUGGUGACAGCAAGCAUUGGCUUUGUCGGUCAAAGUCGCACGUUGCUCCGGAUGUAACUCCAUUUGAACCUAUUCAACAGGGACAGUGGGCAAGUUUACCACCUGAAUUGCUGUUGGACAUAAUCCGGAGGGUUGAAGAGAGUGAGACAUCUUGGCCUGCGCGCGCUGUUGUUGUUUUUUGUGCUUCGGUAUGUAAAUCAUGGAGGUCGGUCACAAAGGAGAUAAUCAAGACCCCUCAGCAAUGUGGAAGGAUCACAUUUCCUAUUUCAUUGAAGCAGCCCGGUCCCCGUGAUUGUCCAAUACAGUGCUUUAUUAGGAGGAACAGGGAAAGUUCUACAUUCUUGUUGUACUUAGGUUUGGUGCCAUCGGAGCAUGAGAGUAAUAAGUUGUUAUUAGUCGCCAGAAAGAUAAGAAGGGCCACAGGCACCGAAAUUGUCAUAUCUUUGGCUGCAGACGAUUUUUCUCGAGCAAGCAACAAUUAUGUUGGUAAACUGAGGUCUAACUUUUGGGGCACCAAGUUCACUAUAUACGAUAGUCAACCUCCACAUGAUAUUAUAGUUCAACCAAAUUGUCGAGGUGGGAAAUUUAAUUCUAAGCAGGUUUCACCAAGAGCUCCAGCAUGUAGCUAUCUUGUAAGCUCCAUUUCCUAUGAGCUGAAUACUCUCUGGACUAGAGGACCAAGAAGAAUGCACUGCGUCAUGAACUCUAUACCCGUCUCAGCUAUUGAGGAAGGAGGAAAUGCUCCAACUCCAACAUUGUUACCUCAAAUAUUUGACGAACCUUUUUCUCCCUCACCGGCACUGAAAGGAAAAAGUCCAAUGACAGAUUCAUACUCUGGCAACCUAUCAGAGCUACCAGAACUAAGCCAAGGCUCGGUCGAGCCCUUGGUACUCAAAAACAAGGCUCCAAGAUGGCAUGAGCAGCUCCAGUGUUGGUGUCUAAACUUUGUCGGCCGUGUUACGGUGGCAUCUGUAAAGAACUUUCAACUUGUAGCUGCUGUUGAUCCGUCUCAUAAUGUUUCUUCUGAAGAGCAAGAAAGGGUAAUCUUGCAGUUUGGAAAGAUCGGAAAAGAUAUAUUCACCAUGGACUACUCUUAUCCACUCUCUGCCUUCCAAGCCUUUGCCAUCUGUUUGACAAGCUUUGAUACUAAACCAGCCUGUGAAUGAGAGCCGUGUUACUGCAUUCGUGAUCAUCAUCUGCUGAUUUGUUGCAUGUAAAAAUGCUAGCGCAGCCGCACUGUUCAUCAAGCACUGAGCACCGUGGCAUGCAUGUGAAAAUCUCAGCUAUGCAAUCAUUUGUAUUCUCCCCCCUUGUAUAAGUUGUAUUGAUUCUGGAAUUUAUUUUGUAUGUUAUUUCAUAGUGUCCUCUGACUAAAAUUAAAUUAAACGAUGUUUAAUGAGUUUUAUAAUAUAUACAUAUUAUUUGCUAGUGUUCCUCCUCA